UUCGUAGUGAAAUUUGCAUCUUGCAUCAACCAAAAUAAACAAUAAAAUUGUUAUUUCUUAGUUCUUACCACAUCUUUAUCAAAAUUAUCGAUAAUUGAUACAUCUAUAUUACGUGUGCUAGAGGAUCGGAUAUUCAUAAAAUAAAAGGAGCCAUGACCGAAGAGAGGGUGCUGGACGAGGAGUCCUGGCCGAUGGAAGCGGAAGCCGCCAUUAACGACAUCCGCAAACACGUCAACUCCGCACAAAUCUCCCCCGAGCUGAAAAGCAGCAACCAGAAAAUCUUCAUCAACCUCACCACGCUAGAGAACACGCCCUUCUGCAUAGAGAUGUCAGGGUCUGGUUUCCGAAUCGUCGGCAGACAGUACAACGACGCCAGUUUAUCCCAUAUUGAGGAUAAAUACUACGAAACCCCAUACGCGCUGCUGAAUGUCAUCAGUAAAAAGUACAAGGAGUCUUUCGGUGGGGAACUCAUGAAUAGGCUGCUAGAUCUGGCGAAGCAAACUGAAGGCUGACGAUGAACGUUCGUGUUUCUCUACAGGGUAUUGUUCUAUCAUCUGUAGUAUUUAACUUCCUUACUAGUAAAGGAUCUGCGCUGUGUAUUCAGAUGUUAUAAUUACAAUAAUUAUUAUCUGUCAAGCUACUUUUUAACCGACUUAAAAGAAGAUGAGGAUUCGUUGAAGAAUUUGCCCUAAGGAUUGUUCGAGUUGGCUGGUAGCGAAUUCAAAAUUAUGAUAAGUAGCCAAGGUUAUUUAGAGAAUAAGAAUGAUUUUAUACUAUUUAGUUUUUUUUUUAAUUUAACUUAUCAGAGGAGGACAGAACAUGGUGUAACUAAAACGUAUGUAUACACAGAGUAGAAGUUUUAUUAAAACGGGAUCAGUGUUUAAAUCUUGUCGCGUUAGCUUUAAAUUUAGAAAAUAUUGGUAUACAAACUUUGGCUCUAGUUGCGUAAAUGUACCUACGUCAAUUUCAAGUCACUUUUAUAAUAGUGCUAUUAGUACACUCAGGCUGGUUUGUAUGCGUCCGCACGAACGAGCGGUUUGGCCGCUACACCGCGUGAUCACAAGGAAUACGUAACGAUAUGUAACGAUUUAUUUAAAUAGCGGCGCGGUCUGAGCGAGCAGCCUCGCGAGGCAAAUCCUGGGUCGCUCAAGACGUGCCUCGCCCGACGCAAACGGCCUCGCUGCAUCGCCCGAGCGUGCCGCGGCCCGAGCCGAGCGUGGUCGGUUUUUGUCGAUGCUCAGGCGCCUCGGUACGCUCACUUAAGACGGUAGUGUUUUGCCUCGCUUAUUCGUUGCGUGUUGGUUGUGCGUUUCAAGUUAAACUGAGCGUCGAUGCUGGCUAAGCCUUACGGUGGCCAUGCCGAGGCUGCCUCGCAGGCAGCCUCUGUUAUGAAAACUUAUAGACCGAGGCCGCCUCGGUUUAGAAAACUUACAGACGAGCAUCGACAAAAACCGACAACGCUCGGCUCGGGCCGUGGCACGCUCGGGCGAGGCAGCGCGUGCGUUUGCCCCGGGUGAGAGUUUCUUGACCGACCGAGGAUUUGCCUCGCGAGGCUGUUCGCUUAGCCGCCAAACCGCGCGUUCACGCGGACGAAUAUAAAUAGUCGAACCUAAAUUAAAAUUAUUAUCCUGAGGUUUUAUCAACUCUAUUCUUUUUGUCUGUUUAUUCUUAAUGAUAGUUGAAUAUUCUUUUGCCAAAAAGGAGUGUUUGUGGAUUGUAGUCUGUAGGAAUAUGAAAUGAAUGUCUAGGUAACACCGUUUGCUAUUUUGUGUUUAGCUGUGCUAUUUUUUUGUUUAUAAGUAAUUAUCUUAAUUUAAGUACUUAUGUGUCUUAGUUUUUAUUAUAAUUUUUCUCACACAAGAAAGAGAGGAAACGGAUUAAAGUAGCCUAAUCGAAGUUUAAUGUUUUUAAAUGCAUGUUUGUAAAAUCUAUUACAGAUUUUAUAAAUUAAUUUUUAGAUUCUCCUUACUAAUAAAAGUAUAUUUUGGUGCUAUCCUAGUCUUACACAUUAAAAAUGUCGUUAGAUAGACAAGGACAACCUGUAAUUACAUCCAUUGCAUAUAUUUUUAUUAGGAAAGGGAAAGACAAACGCAUAAACAGGUAUUUAACUAUUAGUUUCAUAAUGGUUCCUUGUUUGUAACUGAAAAGUUUAUAGUACUAAUACCAUCAACAGACUGAGUACAAAAUUGUGAAGUUUAUACAUUAUACACCGUAUCGUGAUAGUAAAGUAUUAUAUGUUUC